AUGGCGUUACCAGAACUUUUAAGAGAUAUUGCUACAGAUAUAGACUGUGUUGAAUUAUAUGUUGAUGGAGAUAGAUUAUUUAACCCUAAAAAUACCUUGAAUAGUAUACAAAUAACAUUAACAACUAUUAAUGCUCAUAUGCAAAGGGUAGCAAAUAAA